UGGAAGCAACACCUUUAUUGCAUAGGACAGAAUUUCGCAUGAAGGAACAAGAAAAAAAUAUUCCCACCAUAUCACAAAUCCCACCACCACACCAACACCACUUAGCAAAACCCACAUACACGUUCCCAUAAUAAUUAUCACAAUCAAAAAUGUACUGCGAUUAAAAAGAAACAAUUAGAACUUCAUGACCAUGCCCUAUAUAUAUAUGGACUCCUACCCUAAUGUUUUUCACCAUACACAAAUUUUUGGUUCCUCAAGAGAAUUGAGUUUAUACCUACCCAUAUAUACGCAUUGUACCAAGCACUUAUCAUUUUCACAGCCAACACGUCCUGCAUUUAGUUUUGCGUCUUAUAGAGAAAAUGGGCAGCGCAAAGGUGAUUGGUGCUGCAUUUUUGGUCCUAUUCCUAGUGGACCUCUCCCUUGCUUCUAGGUCUCUAAGAAAUGUUGGUGGUGGUGGUGGUGGUGGUGGAGGAGGUGGUAAAGGAGGAGGAGGUGGUGGUUCGGGUCUUGGCUCAGGCUCGGGUAGUGGUUAUGGGUCCGGAUAUGGAUCUGGAUAUGGUUCAGGUGGUGGGAAAGGAGGUGGUGGAGGAGGCGGAGGCGGAAGAGGAGGUGGUGGUGGUGGAGGGUCAGGCAGUGGAAGUGGGUCGGGUUAUGGAUCAGGGUAUGGAUCGGGAUAUGGAAGUGGGUACGGAAGUGGAAGUGGAGGUGGAAGAGGCGGAGGAGGAGGAGGUGGCGGUGGCCAUGGCGGCGGAGGUGGUGGAGGCGGUGGAUCUGGAAGCGGAUCAGGAUACGGUAGCGGGUCGGGUUAUGGGUCAGGAUAUGGAGGAGGGGGAGGGCACGAAGAAUAUUCACCAUGAGCAUCAGCUUAUAUACUAUUUCUUUAAUUAGCAAUCAAUCCUAAGCAUAUGCAAUACUUAAAUAAAUUGAAGAAAUUCACCAACCGUCACCUUAUAUAUAUAUAUAUAUAUAUAUUUACGUGCGGCGGUGGACGUUGCAUGUGUCUGCGUUUUUAUUAGUUUUAUAUAUAAAUCAUAUUUUACAGAUAUUGUUACUUGUAUAAUUAUAAUACAAGUAAUAAAAUUAUGUUAAUUUUUAAUUUUUGUACAUUUAUGUUUUCUUUAUAAUAAUUAUCUUUUAUCUUUGGAUUCUAA